GAAUUCUAAACUGCGCGUGCACUUCCUUGUUUUGGCAUUCACGCUCGGAUUGCUGAUCAAACAGCAAUGUUUCCUUUUGAUCUUUUUACCGCCACAACCUGGACUUUAAUUGCGCUGUUUUUCGGAUUGCUCCUACUGUAUGGCAUGUGGCCUUAUGGACACUUCAAAAACUUGGGGAUCCCAGGACCGAGGCCGUACCCAUUUGUAGGCACGAUGUAUGUCAUGAAAAAGGGAAUGAUUGCCGCUGACCGGGAGUGUCACUCCAAAUAUGGAGAUGUGUGGGGGAUGUUUGAUGGCAGAACGCCGGUGUUGAUGGCGGCUAAUCGCGAGUUUAUCCAAACGGUGAUGGUGAAGUAUUGCACCACGGUGUUCACCAACCGCAGGGACACGCUUGUAUUCGGUGCGCUAACUGAUGCCAUAACAGCCGUGAAAGACGAAAGAUGGAAACGAAUCCGCUCCUCGUUGUCGCCGUGCUUCACCAGCGCAAGAUUGAAGCAGGUGUUCUACCUGGUCACUCGAUCCACCGAGCGACUGGUAGCAAGUCUGGCUAAAAAGGACCUGAGCGAACCUGUGGACAUUAAACAAUUCUUUGGGCCGUACAGUUUGGACGUGGUGACUAGCGCCUCCUUCAGCGUGGACACCGACUCUAUCAACCGACCGGACGACCCUCUCGUUCUGCAUCUCAAGAAAAUUAUGGACUUCAAAUUUUGGCCUAUCAUGUUUUUGCUGCUGUUUCCCUUUCUGGCUAAAGUGUGCAAGUUGGUGAAUUUUGACUUGAUGCCCAAAGCCAGCACUGAUUUUUUCUUCAACAUUAUUAAGAAGUUUAAAGACCAACACCGGGAAGGACAAUUGAGCCACGCGGACUUCCUGCAGGUCAUGAUCCAGAGCGAGAUACCAGAGUCGGAUAUAAAGAGCGAACAUGAGCAACCGAUUAAAGGUCUGACGGAAAAAGAGAUCCUGUCGCAAGCUUUCAUUUUCAUCUUUGGGGGCUACGAAACUACAGCCACCACUCUUACGUACAUCCUGUACAACAUCGCCACCCGCCCGGAAGUCAUGAAGACGCUGCAAGAUGAGAUUGACGCUAACGUUGCCACCGAUGGUUCCAUUUCAUACGAGACCUUGCAGGAAAUGGAGUACUUGGACUGCGUGAUUAACGAGUCACUGCGCGUGGUUCCGCCCGGGCCUCGGCUCGAGCGCAUGUGCAAAAAGACUAUCGAGAUCAACGGCGUCACCGUCCCUGAGGGGACUCUGGUCGUCAUACCUGUGAUGGAGAUUCACAAGGACCCCCGCUAUUGGAAGGACCCGGAGACUUUUCGACCAGAGAGGUUCAACAAAGAACACAUCGAAGAGGUGCAGCCCUAUACUUACCUGCCCUUUGGCUUGGGCCCUCGAAACUGCGUGGGGAUGCGCUACGCUCUCCUCACUGUGAAAAUGGUCCUGGUCCGUUUGCUGCAAAGCUACAACGUGGAAGCGUGCGAGGAGACAAUUGUGCCUCUGGAGUUUAACUGGAAGUUCCAGCCAGUAAAGCCAAUAAAAUUAAAGUUUGUGCCUAGAACCUAGGCCCAAAAAGCCUACGACUAAAUCAAAAAGCAUAAAAUUUUUAAUAUGUGAAUCAGUUUUUUAAUCGGCUGCCAUUUUGACAUUAACAGUGUGGACACUCGAUCACUAUUAUGCAAAAAUGAAAUUAUAAAAAAUACUCACCAUUAUGAGACGGGAUUCCAUAAUAGGCUAGUGAUACCUGACAAGUGUCAUAUCAAUAUGACCUUUGACCUCAUCUUAAAAUUCAGUCACCAAUUCAGUUUCAUAUUACUAAACUACCGAAAUCGGGUCUUUUUUUUUUUUUUUUUUUUUUGUAUAGGGUGCCGUUUAGACGUAACGGUGGACACAUAACAAAGGGGACAUUUUGUGCUAACGUUAGCCCUCAGCCUAGCUUUGCUAACAAAAUAGCUAACUUUGGAUACUUGAUAAGAAAUCUGUAAUUUUACAAAUCAGCCUUUUGUAUGUAGCUGUGACAGAGUGGACACGUUAUGAUCAACCAUGCUUCAUAAAACUGCAGAAUCUGAUUUUUAAAGGUGGUCAAAAAAUAAAAUUGCUUUAAUAAGAUGAAUUUCCUUUUAAUUUUGUGAUGUUAUAGCAAAAGAAAUUUCUUAAAGGGACACUGACAAAACAUAAGAGUGGACACUAACAGAGGGGACAUUUUAUGCUAAAGUAAGCCCUCGGCAUAGCUUGGCUUGCUUAAUACCUAACAUGAUUUUGGAUUAGUGCUGCAACGAUUUAUCGAUUAACUCGAGUAUUCGAUUAGAAAAAAAUAUUCUAAUUGUAUUGCUUCAAGUAUUCGUUUAAUUAAAGUGGCGUUGUAAUUGUUUAUUUUGAAAGUGUUUGCACUUAGUUUUAUUGAUUAGGGUUGAUACACUGUCUUCUGGUCUGCCUCAUUUUACAUGGCUGAAUCCAACUGCUCCCUGUUAAGACCAAAGCAAGCUAAGCUUUUGUUUGAGCUAAUGUUAUUUAUGCAUUCAUAAUUUAGUUUAUAGGCAUAUUUAGCCGUUUUUUGAGGGAAUAUGUGUCUGAACUAUUUGUCAACAGCAUUGUAAAAAAAAAAAAAUGUUAGCAUUUUAUAGCAUUUAAGCUAGCGUACUUUUGUUAUGGAUGUUAGCCAACUGUCCUUUUGUUGUACAUAGAUCCUCAUUUAUUGUUUUUUUUGUACCGUUUGAGGAUCAGCUCAGGUAUUUUAAUUUUUAUGUGUUCUUUAUCCGAUUACUCGAUUAUUCGAACUAACUAGUUCUUCGAUUACUUGACUACUAAAAUAAUCGAUAGCUGCAGCCCUACUUUGGACACUUGAUCAGAAAUGAUUCAAUUUCUUUGAUAUGUAUAGCUUUGACAGAGUGGACACGCUAUGAUCAACCACUACUUCGUAAAACUAAAAUCUGUUUUUGAAAGGUCAAAAAAUAAAUUGCUUUUAUCAGAUGAAUUUCCCUUUAAUGUUGUGAUGUUAUUGCAAAAGAAUUUUCUUAAAGGGACACGAACAAAGAGUGGACAGUGGCACUACCGACAAACACAAAAACAUGGACGUAACAGAGUGGACAUUAUCCAAGGGGACAUUUUGUGCUAAAGCAAGCCCUUAGCCUAGCUUUGCUUGCAUAAUAGCUAACAUGACUUUGGAUACUUGAUAAGAAAUCUCUCAUUUUACAAAUCAACCUUUUGAAUUCCUAUGAUAUGUAGCUGUGACAGAGUGGACACGUUAUGAUCAACCAUUCCUUCAUAUAACUGUAAAACCAGUUUUUUAAAGGAGGUCAAAAAAUAAAUUGCUUUUAUCAGAUGAAUUUCCCUUUCAUGGUGUGGUGUUAUUGCAAAAGAAUUUUCUUAAAGGGACACUAACAAAACUUAACAGAGUGGACAGUGGCACUGCAGACAAACAAAAAAAACAUGGGCGUAAAAGAGUGGACACUAUCAGACGGGACAUUUUUUGCAAAAGUAAGCCCUUAGCCUAGCUUUGCUUGCAUAAUAGCUAACAUGACUUUGGAUACUUGAUAAGAAACAAAUUUCUUUGAUAUAUAUAAAUAUAUAUAGUUGUGAUAGAGUGGACACGUUAUGAUCAACCACUAGUUGAUAAAACUGCAAAAUCUAAAGAUUUAAAGGAGGUCAAAAACUAAAAUUACUUACCAGUUGAAUUUCCCUUUACUGGUGUGACGUUAUUGCAAAGUGAGUUUUCUUACAGGGACAUAACACAACAGUGACACUACAGACAGACAGAAAACAUGGACAUGACAGAGUGGACAUUAACAGAGGGGACAUUUUGUGCUGAAGUAAGCCCUCAGCUUAGCUUUGCUAGCAAAAUAGCUUACAUGAUUUUGGAUACUUGGUGAGAAAUGAUUAAAUUUCUUAGAUAUGUAUAGUGUGGACAGAGUGGACACAUUAUGAUCAACCACUACUUCAUAAAACUGCAAAAUCUAAAUUUUUAAAGGUCAAAAAUUAAAAUUGCUUACCGGUUUUAUUUUUCGCCACUGGUUUGAUUCUAUUGCAAAAUAAUUUCCUUAAAUUGUGUCAGUGUCCCUCUAACAGAGUGGACAGUGACACUAGGGAUGAACAAAAAAAAAAACAUGGACCCAAGAAUGGACAUUUUGUGCUAAAGUAAGGCCUCAGCCUCGCUUUGCUGACACAAUAGCUAACAUGACUAUAGAUACUUGGUGAGAAAUGGUUAAAUUUCUUUGAUAUGUAUAGCUUUUGACGCGUAUUGAUCAACCACUACUUCAGAAAACUGCAAAAUCUGAUUUUUAAUGUAGGCCAAAGAUAACAUUGCUUACCACAGUUGAAUUUCCCGCCACUGGUGUGAUGUUAUCACAGAAGAGUGAUAUUAAGAUAUGCGAAUUUUCUUAAAGGGACACUAACAGUGACACUACAGACAAACAGAAAACAUGGACAUAACAGAGUGGACACUAACAGAGGGGACAUUUUGUGCUGAAGUAAGCCCUCGGCAUAGCUUUGCUAGCAAAAUAGCUAACAUGACUUUGGAUACUUGGUGAAAAAUGAUUAAAUUUCUUAGCUAUGUAUAGCGUUGACAGAGUGGACACAUUAUGAUCAACCACUACUUCAUAAAACUGAAAAAUCUGAAUUUUUAAAGGUGAAAAAUUAAAAUUUCUUACCGGUUGAAUUUGUCGCCACUGGUGUGAUUAUAUUGCAAAAUAAUUUACUUAAAUUGUGUUAGUGUCCCUCUGACAGAGUGGACAGUGACAUUAGGGAUGAACAAAAAAAAAAAAAAAAGAAAAACAUGGACCCCACAGAGUGGACAUUUUGUGCAAAGUAAGGCCUCAGCCUAGCUUUGCUCGCAUAAUAGCUAACAUGACUUUGGAUACUUGGUGAGAAAUGAUUAAAUUUCUUUGAUACGUAUGGGAAUUUUCUUAAAGGGACACUAACAGUGACACUCGGGACGAACAGAAAACAAGGACAUAACCGACAUUUUGCGCUAAAGUUAGCCCUCAGCCUCGCUUUGCUGACACAACAGCUAACAUGACUCUGGAUACUUGGUGAGAAAUGGUUAAAUUUCUUUGAUAUGUAUAGCUUCGACAUAGUGGACACGUAUUGAUCGACCACUACUUCAGAAAACUGCAAAAUCUGAUUUUUAUGUGGGCCGAAGAUAACAUUGCCUACCACAGUUGAAUUUCCCGCCACUGGUGUGAUGUUAUCACAGAAGAGUGAUGUCAUUAAGAUAUGGGAAUUUUCUUAAAGGGACACUAACACUGACACUAGGGACGAAAAGAAAAUAUGGACAUAGCAGAGUGGACAUUUUGUCCUCAAGUUAGCCCUCAGCCUCGCUUUGAUGACAUAAUAGCAAACAUGACUUUGGAUACUUGAUGAGAAAAGAAUCAUUUUGCAAAUAAACUUUUUGAAACCAUUCGAUUUGUUUGAUAUAUAGCUGUGACAGAGGGGACACGUUAUGAUCAACCACUACUUCAAAAAAAACUGCAAAAUCUAAAUUUUUAAAGGUCAAAAAUUAAAAUUGCUUACCGGUUGAAUUUUUCGCCACUGGUGUGAUAAUAUUGCAAAAGAAUUUCCUUAAAUUGUGUUAGUGUCCCUUUAACAGUGAACAGUGACACUAGGGACGAACAAGAAAAAACAUGGACCUAACAGAGGGGACAUUUUGUGCAAAGUAAGGCCUCAGCCUAGCUUUGCUCGCAUAAUAGCUAACAUGACUUUGGAUACUUGGUGAGAAAUGAUUAAAUUUCUUUGAUACGUAUGGGAAUUUUCUUAAAGGGACACUAACAGUGACACUCGGGACGAACAGAAAACAAGGACAUAACCGACAUUUUGCGCUAAAGUUAGCCCUCAGCCUCGCUUUGCUGACAUAAUAGCUAACAUGACUUUGGAUACUUGGUGAGAAAAGUAUCAUUUUGCAAAUAAACCUUUUGAAACCAUUCCAUUGCGGUGAUAUAUAGCUGUGACAGAAUGGACACAUUAUGAUCAACCACUACAAAAAAUAAAAUUGCUUACCACAGUUGAAUUUCCCUUUAAUGAUGACAUUUUUGCAAAAAGAAUUGUCUUAAAGGGACACUAACACAACAGAGUGGACAGCGACAGUGUGGACGAAUUGGAAUUUUUUUCUUCUUUAACUUAAAUAAUAUAGUUUAAUUUAAAAACAACUAAAGAUAGAUACACAGGACAAUAAAAUAAUUAUUUGGGAUUUUUUUUCUACUUAUAUUAGUUGCAGACUCAAUUUGAAUGAAACAUAGCAAAAUUCCAUAACAUUUUACUAGAAAUAAAUAGAAUUUAGGAGCCUUUACCCUUGAAUUUACAAUGGAUAAUGAAAAAAAAAAAAGAAAUUGAAUGAGUAUUCGUCCAAAUGUAAGACAUGCGGCCAACAAAAGCUUUAUUUUCUCUUAAAUCAUCAUACAAAAUUGCCGUCUCGUGUUCUCUGUGACAUCAACGAGCGAUAAAAUUGACCACCAAAAGAUUUUUUCGGUGUCCUGAGUUGAUCAAGUUAAAACCGACGAGAAAUAUUUGGAGUCGAGGAGGGGGAAAAGGCUUGGUCGGAGAAGAGAAGGCGUUACUGUGCUCAAGUUUAUAAAAGAACAUUUGAAAAAUGUUGGGUUGCUCUUCCUGGCGAGCCAGCUUGAAGGCACCGUGGCACUGGGUUUGCUACUAACGAGUCACUCACAAAAAAAGGUCCACGUUUGGCUCGGGUUACCUGCAUCAGCAAGAAGCACCAUUCAACCAGUUGGUCGAGUCUUUUUUUUGAACAGCUGGUGAAGGUUAAGACGGGAUAAAAAUGUGUAAACCAUACUUCCUGAUGGCAGAAAAGUGAAAAAAGCCAGCGAACGUUCAUUCGCUGUUACCCUCCCGCUUCAAAAUGAUUGGACGUCUAGUGUUGUCAAUGGCGAAUAAUGAGUGAAUUUGUGUCUUAUCGAGUCCAUAAAGCAAUAACUUUACAGUCAAUGAGUAAGCAGUUAUGGAAGUGUAUUGCUGCCACUAUAAAAAAAAAAAAAAAUCACCACUUAUCAUACUUAUAAUCACUUAUCAUAUCACAGACUAAUCAAUGAUAAGUAUGUAAAAAUGUGAUAUCAUGGGAAAGUGAUGUUAUCAUUAUAAUUAUGUAAAAAAACGUGAUAAUUAGCAUGUAGAAACAUGAUAAUUAUGUAAAAACACAACACUAUCCUGUAAAAAUCUGAGAAUUUUCAUGAUUAAUAUCAUGUAAAGACGUGAUAAUUAUGUAAAAUGUGAUAGUAUGUAAACACGUUAUAAUUAUGUGAAAACACUUAUCAUGUAAAACAAUUUUUGUGUAAAAUGUGAUGAUCAUGUAAAAACAUAAUUAUGUAAAUAUGUGAUAUUUAUCAUGUUAAAAACAUGAUAAUUAGUGUGUAAAAACAACUGUCAUGUAAACACGUGAUAAUUACGUAAAAACAAUUAUCAUGUAAAACCAAUUUUUGUGUACAAAUGUGAUAACGUCAUCAUUUUCAUGUAAUAACAAUCAUGUACAAACGUGAUAGCUGUACACGUAAAAACAUUUGUGUAAAAUGGUGAUAAUUAUCAUGUAAAAAUGUGAUAACUCAUAUCGUGAACAUGAUAAUUAUGUAAAAAUGUAAUAACUAUCAUGUAAAAACAAUUAUGUAUGUAUGAUAUUUAUCAUGUUAAAAACAUGAUAAUCAUGUAAACACGUGAUAAUUAUGUAAAAACAAUUUUUGUGUAAAAAUGUGAUGUGAUCAUUUUCAUGUAAUAACAAGUAUCAUGUACAAAUGUGAUUAUACAUGUAGAAACAUUUGUGUAAAAACAUGAUAAUUAUGUACAAAUGUGACAACUCAUGUAAAAACAAUUAUGUAAAAAUGUAAUAAUUAUCAUGUAAAAAACAAUUACGUAAAUAUGUGAUAUUUAUCAUGUUAAAAACAAUUAUGUAAAAACAACUAUCAUGUAAACGUGAUAAUUAUGUAAAAACAAUUAUCAUGUACAAACAAUUUUUGUGUGAAAAUGUGAUCAUUUUCAUGUAAUAACAAUUAUCAUGUACAAAUGUGACUAUACAUGUAAAAACAUUUGUGUAAAAACACGAUAAUUAUCAUGUAAAAAUGUGAUAACUCAUGUAAAAACAUGAUGACUGUAAAAAUGUAAUAACUAUCACGUAAAAACAAAUUGUGAUAUUUAUGUUAAAAACAUAAUUAUCAUGUACAAUUAUGUACAAUUUUUGUGUGAAAAUGUAAUGUGAUCAUUUUCAUGUACAAUGCACAAUUAUCAUGUACAAAUUUGACUACACAUGUAAAAACAUUUGUGUAAAAACAUAAUUAUUGUAAAAAUGUGAUAACUCAUGUAAAAACAAAUAUGUGAUAUUUAUGUUAAAAACAAUUAUCAUGUGAAAACAACUAUCAUGUUAACACGUGAUAAUUAUAUAAAAACAAUUAUCAUGUACAAUUUUGUGGAAAAAUGUGAUGUGAUCAUUUUCAUGAAAUAAUUAUCAUGUACAAACGUGAUUAUACAUGUAAAAAUAUUUUGUGUAAAAACGUGAUAAUUAUCUUGUAAAAAUGUGAUAACUAUCAUGUAAAAACAUAAUUAUCAUGUAAAUAUGAUAUUUAACAUGUUAAAAAUAUCAUGUAAAAACAUAACUAUCAUGUAAAAAUGAUAAUUAUGUCAAAACAAACA